AUGGACAUCAAGGUCUUGCUCAUUUUGAAGAGAAGCCUCAAUUCAUUUCCAAUCCAUUCUUUCGGUAGCUAUUGUGGUGAGCUAUCGAAAAAAUGGAUUAACUGGUGGCCUUGGGCGGAAUAUUGGAAUAACACUACGCAUAAUGCUUCUACUGGCUUGGCCCCUUUUCAGAUUGUGUAUGAACGACAAUCUCCAGUGAUGAUUAACUAUGGGAAUGAUUGUACAACCAAUGCGACUUUGGGCCAACAAAUGCGAGACAGAGAUGCUGAAUUGCGUGUGCUUAAGGAGCACUUGAGAGUGGCUCAAGAGAAAAUGAAGAAGUUUGCUGACAAUAAGCGACGUGAUUUUCGAUUUCAAGUUGAUGAUUGGGUAUGGCUGAAGUUGCGGCCUUAUUGCCAAAUUUCAGUUCAGCAAAAGCGAAAUGUGAAAUUAUCUCCUAAGUAUUAUGAAAUAUAUCAGGUGAUGGACAGAGUGGGAUCAGUAGCUUGCAAGUUGAACCUUUAG